GUCUCUCUGCGGGUUAAACUAGCGUUCACAGCCGACGCUGGCCGUUGUUCCCGAGCUCAUAACAACUUUCCCCAGGUUUUAAGUACCGAGAGCGCCGCAGGAUGUAGCGAACAAACAACACAAUGUCUUUACGCUCAGGAUCACGUAGAGUAUGCGGCAGCAAGCUGUUGAGACCUCAGUCUUUGGCCAAUGGCUCAUCAAAUCUCAGAGCGGCGACCCGCUGGCAGAGAUGCCAGGGCGUGGCUACUACAGCAAACGCGGAGAGGGUUCUUUUCCCAGGUGCUUUGAAUAGCGAGUUCACAAAUUCCAUGGACUUCCUUCGACCAUCUACCAAAAAGGCCAUACCAACGUACCGUGUUAUGGACCAGUAUGGAGAGGUUUUGGACCCAGCGUACAAAUGUGAUCUUGAAGAUGAAGAGGCGUUGAAACUGUAUCGAAACAUGGUUUGCUUAAGCAUAAUGGACCUGCUCAUGUUUGAAGCGCAGAGGCAAGGUCGAUUAAGUUUUUAUAUGGUCUCAGCAGGCGAAGAAGGAAUUGCAAUCGGAUCAGCCAGUGCACUAUCACCCGGAGAUGUUGUUUUCUGCCAAUACCGCGAGACGGGCGUUUACCUACAGCGCGGAUUCACACUGGACGAUUUCAUGAACCAACUCUACGCCAACGCAAAGGAUCACGGCCUAGGCCGCAACAUGCCGGUGCACUACGGCAGCAAGGAACUCAACAUCCACACCAUCUCGUCGACCCUCGCCACCCAAAUCCCACACGCAGCUGGCGCAGCAUAUGCCUUGAAACUUCAGAACCAACAGCUGCCCGACACUCCUCCUCGGAUAGCUGUGUGCUACUUUGGAGAAGGCGCCGCAAGUGAGGGUGACUUCCACGCAGCAUUGAACAUAGCGGCUACGCGCCAGGUCCCAGCGGUAUUCAUUUGCCGAAACAAUGGAUAUGCUAUCUCUACGCCGACGAGCGAUCAGUACCGCGGCGAUGGUAUUGCUAGCCGUGGUGCUGGCUACGGAAUCGACACCCUCCGAGUUGACGGAAACGACAUCUUUGCUGUGAGGCGUGCGACACAAGAGGCCCGUCGGCGUGCACUGGAGGACGGCGGAAGGCCGGUGUUGAUUGAGAUGAUGGCCUACCGUGUUGGGCACCAUAGCACUUCUGACGACAGUUUCGCAUAUCGACAGCGUGUUGAGGUUGAGGACUGGAAGCGUCGAGACAACCCAAUCACGCGUAUGCGUAAGUGGUUAGAAGGAAAGAGUAUCUGGAGCGAGGACAAGGAGAGAGAGUUGAGGAGUAGCCUGAGGAAAGAGAUCUUGGUCGCAUUCGAUAAGGCGGAAAAGAUGAAGAAACCGGCCAUCUCGAAUAUGUUCAAAGGUGUCUAUGAGAACCCUACGGAGGAACAAAAAGAUCAUGCCACCGAACUCAAGGACAUUCUGACUAGAUACCCUAAGGAGUAUGAUGUUGAUCACCACGAGGGAGGAGUUGGAGGCUUGGACGAACUACUCGAAACAAAGUCUUAGAAGAAAUAUCACUUCUAGAUAGAAAAUUUACAUCUGAACCAAUAUACAAUC